CAACAAAACCUAAAGAAAAAAAUUUCAAUUUUCUAUUUGCAGAAAAUCUGUUCAAUAGAAAAUGGAUAGCAGAUUUCAAGUCUUACCACCUCUCAAAAGAUUUAGGCUUUUGCAACAAGAAGAAGAAGGACGAGACGAUGAGUUCAGUGGCAGCAAAGCCAAUUCUUUUUGUCUCCCGACGAAGAAAAGGAAGGAGUCCAGGGGUGUUCCAGUGGGUGAAACCACCACGUAUUGCUUGCCCGCCAAGAAAAGGAUACGGGCUUUACGUCCUGAUUUCGAUUCUGGUAAGCCUCUUUUGCCUUUUGAUUUGAAUGUUGAGUAUGCGAAGCAAUUAGAACCAGAGGAAAAUAGUGUAAACCCAAUUUGUAAAAGUCCCAAAAUAUGCACUUUUGACGCUCAAGAUGAGAUUUUGGAUAGAAGCAAGAAAACCCCAUUUGAAAAUUCUCCCCCCAAAUGCAUCAAAACUAGGCAGGAAGAAGAAAACAAGGAAAAUGAAAUCCCUGUUGCAGAGAAAACCAAGAAACCCCCACUUCCUAAAGGCCCCAAAAGAUGCAUUCUUGAUGUUGAAAAAGAGGUUUUGAGGGAAAACGAGAAAACCCAAACUGAAAAAAGUUACAAAAAUUGCAUCAACGUUAGUGGUGAAGAAAAUAAAGAAAAUGAAAUGCUGCCUUUAGAACAAGUUAGCAAAGAAGAAGAGGAGGAAGAUGGGAUUCUGUGUGAUAUCUGUAAAAGUACGGAUGGGGAUCCAAAAGAUCCAAUUGUAUUUUGUGAUGGAUGUGAUUUAAUGGUACAUUCCACAUGUUAUGGGAAUCCAUUGAUAAGACAAAUCCCAGAAGGUGAUUGGUUUUGCAACCUUUGCUUAGCCUCCAAAUCUGAUAAAACUGAUGAAGAUAGGCCCUUUUCUUGUUGCCUAUGUCCGAGCAAAGUAGGUGCGAUGAAGCCCACGACUGAUGACGGUAAGUGGGCUCAUUUGGUUUGUGCUCUUUUGGUUCCGGAGGUGUUCUUUGGGGAUCCUGAAGGAAGGGAAAUGAUUGACUGUUCAAGGGUGCCGGAGAAGAGAUGGAAAGGCAAAUGUUAUGUUUGUAAAACCAGGAAGGGAUGUGUUAUUGAGUGCUCGGAGUCCAAAUGUGGGUUGGAGUUUCAUGUCACCUGUGGGUUGAACGAAGAUCUCUGCAUUGAAUAUAAAGAAGGAAAGAAGGGUGUUGUUGUGGCAGGGUUUUGCAAACCCCACACUGAGCUAUGGAAGAAGCAACAACAGACAGGGAAGUUCAAGAUCGUAGCAAGAGAUUAUUAGCACAAGAAAUAAUCAAGUAUUGCUAACUUUUUUGAAACUUGGAUCAUAGGUUUUAUAUGAGGUUUUUGUAUCUUUGU